AACGAAGAAGAGGAGGUCAGCUGAUUAAGUUUAUCCAUACCGAUCCCGGCGGUUUGAUUUUUCCUAUAUUAGACUCAGCUGUUAUAUGAAGAGCAUUAGUCCAUACGGUCACGUGAUAAUAUUUUGAUAUUUUGUGUGUGUGGAUUUGAUGAAAAUCUGCAGCGUUAUGAAAGGUCUGUACUGCCGAGCUGUCAGUGAUGCUGAACCCAAGUUCGUUAUCCAGGAAAUGACUCUCCCAGAUGUCCUGACCAGCCAUCAGGUCAGAGUUCAGGUGAAGGCGUGUGGACUCAGCCCACUGGACUUUAAGCUGCUCAGAGAUGUCGGGAUGCAGAGGGAUUUAAUCCCUGUCGGCAGAGAGGUGGCCGGGGUCGUCCUUCAAGUUGGUCCCAAGGUCACCUUCUUUCAGCCGGAGGAUGAGGUUGUAGGUAUCCUUCCCCUGGACUCCAGCUUCUCAGGACUCUGUGAGGUCAUUGACACCGAUGAAUAUUAUUUAGUUCAGAAGCCAGAGAAGCUCAGCUCGGUGUGUGUGGCAGGAGCGCUGCGUGACGGCCUUUGCGCUUACAGUGCUCUGCACACACAUGCUCGCAUGGCGGCCGGACACACACUCCUGGUCACGGACGGAGCCAGCUCUUUUGGCCUCAUGUGUAUCCAGCUGGCUUGUUACCACGGGGCGAAGGUGCUGACGACGUCACACUCGCCACAGAAUCACACUUUCCUGGAGCAGCUUCGGCCCAGCGUAGGUGUUCAGGAUCCCUUAGUAGCCAGAGUUAUUCCAGUGUAUAACAGCUCAUCAGACCUGCUGUCGGUGGUCAUGGAGGAGACGGGAGGACUGGGAGUGGAUAUCGUUGUUGACUCUGGAGUUCAUCUGCAUGAAGAGGAGGAGGAAGUGGAGUCAGAGGAGAAGAAAUUACUUCCACACAAACAUGACAUCAUCAGUGUGCUGGGAGUGGGCGGCCACUGGGUUACAUCCCACCAAGACCUGCAGUUGGAUCCUCCAGAUUGCAGAUUACUUUAUUUAAAAUCAGCCUCUGUGUCUUUCCUCAACCCUGAAGUCUGGACAGCAUCAUCAUCGCAGCAAGGAAGAUACCUCCAUAUUCUGAAAGAUAUCGUGGAGAAAAUGUCAAGUGGAUUACUCAGGCCUCAGCCCGAGGAAGCAGUCCCCCUCUAUGAAGCCACAGUUGCCAUGGAGACUGUCCAGCGUCACCCAAAGAAGAAGGCUGUUGUUCAGCUCUGACCUAACUAAUCACAUUACGCAGAGAUAAAAGAAAACAGCUCACCGUUCAGCAGGAUCACUUCUCUCUGCAGUGACACUGUUCCAAUCAGUCACUGUUUACGUGUUAACACAGAACUAUGAUCUGUUUCGGGCCCAAAAAUAUGAUAACAACAGGAAAAAUGCAUCAUUAACUGCUUGAGUUUCAGAGUCACCUGGACAGUUUUACUUUACUCUGCAGAAGAAACUCUUUCCAGUGAGCCAGUGAUAACCAUUAAAGUCUGAACACUUUUCCUCACCUAAUGUUUGUUUAGAAAUGCACAAGGUGUCGUCUGACUCAAUAAAAUCACAUUUCAUUAAAAACAA